GUCACUGAAAUCGAACUAGCAACUGUUCAGUUUUAUUUUGUGUUUUGCACGUAGCUCACAGUUCUUAGAACCGAUUUUACUGAUAGCACAGAUUUAUACAGUAGCAGAAAUACACACAAAGUCGGAAACAUGCCCAACUUUAAUGGGGCUAUUAUAGUGCACACGCUGCAGUUGCUGAAAUCGCCGGCGACACUGCGAGAAAUAUUGGUGACCAUAUCCAAAAACACGGAAUUAACGCAAGACGAGCUGAAAGCGCCUGUAAAACAAACCCUCGAAAUGGGCCAUCGCCUGGGAUUCCUGCAGAAGCUGGACGGUCGCUACUUUCUGGUGAAUAUGACCUUUGAGGCACUGAUGGCUGAGAUGGACGCCCUUGACAAAGAAGAAUCUUCCAAGAAGUUGAAGCCAUCCAAGAAGAUAAAGAAAUCUAUACCCAAGACUCCAUUAACGUCGGUGACUGAGAAAAAGAUUAGUAAGAAGCCCAGUCAAGUCAGGACUUCGGAGCAGCUGGAAAAACCAAAACCAAAUGAAAACGGCCGACUGCUGGACAUUCCUAAUUCAACCACAACCUUAAAACAAACAUCAUCUAAGAUAACUAAGCGAACCGUUUUUAAGUAGCCCAUGUCAAAAAACAUCGAAGAAAGCAAUGGUAGUAUAUAUCUUUGUUACAGGAUAAAUUCCUUGUCUGUUAUAUAAUAAUGUUCGGCCCAAAAUGAGAGAUAGUAUCGAAUUCUUUUAAAAAAUACAUUAAAGG